AUGACUCCUGCUGCUGCUGCUGCUGCUGCCUGCAGCAAAAGGCCCCCGCCUGGCUGCUCUGCUGCAUGUGAAGCAGCAGCAGGAGCCCCUAUGGGCCACAGCCAUGCGAGCCUCCUGCAGCAGCACCAGCAGCGGCGCGGGCAACAGCAGCAGCAGCAACAGCAGCAGCAGCAGCAGCAGCAGCAGCAGGAGAUGGCGGCCUUAAAAAGCCCUCUAAGGGGCCCCUCACCCUCACAGGCCGCAGCCACAGGCAGCUCCUCCAGCAGCGAGGCCUCGCGGGGGCCCCCCGAGGGGCCCCCGGAGGGGCCCCCGGAGGGGUUUCCGGGGGGCCCCCUUGAGGGGCCCCCAGGGGGCCCCCCUGAGGGGCCCCCUGGGGGGCCCCAGCCUUCAAAGCAGUACCCUUUACCGCGGGGCCGAGGCCUCUCUCUAGAGCUUUAUCAGGGGCCCCCUGUGGGGUCCCCCUCUCCGCUGCUGCUGCCCCCACAGAUGGCCCUCCAGGGGGCCCCCCAGGGGUCCCCCCGUGGGGGCCCCCUGGGGGCCCCCUCGGGGGGCCCCCUGGGGCCCCCCGGGGGGCCCCUGGAGCUCGCAAAGGCAGGAAGGCCCCUGCUGCAGCUGUCGCUGGGAGAGGGGGGCCCUGGGGGCCCCUGCGGAGAGAACAGGGGCCCCCCCGAUGUGCAGCAAAGGGCCCUGAGUUUAGAUUUAGCUUUAAAUUUAAAGAAGAGCUUCAUUCUGCAGCAAGCGCAGCAAACAGCUCUUUACAAGGAAAGGCUUAAGCGGCACAGGCAGGCACUAGAUGCUUCCCCUGCUGCUGCUGCUGCUGCGGAGCAGGCUCCUGCUGCUGCUGCUGCUGCACUCGCGGCGAUACCUGAGGGGCCCCCCACGGACAGCAGCAGCAGCUUUGAAGGCUUCGGGGGCCCCAGGGGGCCCCUGCGGCUGCCGCCGCCUUCUCUUGAGUCGUAUCUGCUGCAGCUGGAAGAGCCGCAGCAGCGCAGCAGCAGCAGCAGCAGCAGCAGCGGGUGGCUGCAGCACGAGGGCGCGCAAGCAGCAGGGGACCCCUCGCCCCAGCGCAGCCCCAACAGCAGCAGAAGAGCAGCAAGGGCCCUCAGGUCCCCCUUGGGGGGCCCCUCAGUGUUGCAGGCCCCUGAGGACCGGCGGCCAAGAGCUCGUGCUGCAUGCCACGCAGAUGCUGCUGCUGCUGCUGCUGCUGGGUCGGGCGGGCAGUCGGAGUCCCCCACGCGCAGCAGCAGCAGCAGCAGCAGCGUCCAGCAGCUGCUGCAGCUGCAGCAGCAAGACUCCGUCUCGCCUAUGGGAAAGCUGCGGCGCUUUUGGCUUUUCAUUUCAGGGGGGGGGCAGCAAGGGGAAGAGGAGCAGCAGCCGGAGGAGCAGGAGCAGCAGCAGCAAGAGGAGCAGCAUCACGAGGAGCAGCAGCCGCAGCAGCAGGACCAGCAGCAGCAGCAGCAGCAGCAGCAGCUACUGCUGCUGCAGCGGGGAGCCCACAGCUGUCCAGCUGAUUUUGUGCGCCAGGAGCCCUUCGGGAUUAGUGAGGGAUCGCCUGUGGGGCCCCUGCGGGGACAGUCCGUCCCAUUAGUUAUAGACGAGGUGCUGCUGCUGCAGCAGCAGCAGCAGCAGCACCUGGGGCCCCUGGGGCCCCCGGAUGACACUCAAGUUGGUGCAGAUGCAGCUCCAGGGGCCCCCAAAGGGGAGAAGCACAUCCAGUUGAGCAGCGAAGAGCAGCAGCCGCAGCAGCGGGAAGAGCAGCAGCAGCAGCAGCAGAAAGACAAGCAGCAGCAAGAGGCCGUUCUCGAGUUUUUCACCCCGCGGCCCAGCCUGGACGUGAGCACUCACCGACUGCUGCAGGCUCCGGGCCCAAAGACAGCAGCAGCAGCAGCAGCUGCAGCAGCUGCAGCAGCAGCAGCAGCAGCAGCAGGACGCGGCCUUUCUCCUGCUUCUUCUGCUGCUUGUCUCUCCCCACAGGAAGGCACUUCAGCAGAAGCAGAAUUUCUUUCGCCGCUGCAGGGCAGCCCUUUGGGGCUGAGCCCGAAGGCUGUGCCUACUCCCUCUGAAGAGCAGCAGCAGCAGCAGCAGCAAAAGCAGCAGCAGCAGCAGCAGCAGGAGCAGCAGCAGCCGCAGCAGGAAGAGCAGCAGCAGCAGCAAGAGCAGCAGCAGCCGCAGCAAAAGCAGCAGCAGCAAAGCUGCUCCCAGACUGGGGAGGCAGUAGGGCGCCUCCAGCAGCGGCGGAGACACCUGACGCAGCAGCAGCAGCAGCAGCAGCAGCUGGCCGGUCCCCCAGCAGCAGCGACUCCGUUGCAAUGCUGCUGGAGGAGGCAGCAAAGUCUCUCCAAGAAGCGCUCGUGA